UUUGUUAAUUUCUUGUUACUUGAUACAAUUUUCAACCCCAAUAUUCAAUUUAGAGUUAAUUGCGUUUUAGCGCAAGAGUCUUAUUGCGUUUCAGAUGUGAAUGACGUUUUGUUGAUGCUCGGAAAUCGAAAUAUAUAUUAUAAUCUGAACAUUUUAUAUGAUUCAGUAAAAUUGAUGAGUAAAUUUAAAUUAAUAAAAACGGCGUUUCUUUUUAAAAUACACCCACCGUGCCAAAGUAAUCGAUUACCCCAUGAUAAUCGAUUGCCACAUGUUGCGAAAUACAGUGAAGUAUCGAUUUUAGCGUGAGGUGUGUACUCAUCUCUAAUGCUAAACGCGUUUUUUCUUGCCGGCACGGCUUUGUUUGCAAUAUUUGCCAUAAUAUAUAAAUUCCGAGAGCUUCGGAAUAUCUUAAAGCCGUGGGAUGUUUAUAUCGGAGCCUGAUGCCAACCCGGAGCGGGAGGUAAGCACUUGCCGACUUUGCCACCACGAAACGGAUGCCAAUUCACCAAACAUUUUCGAGAGCUCCGUAGAGUGCUGCAAGGAUGUGUCCAUCGCGGAGAUUUCCCAGAUUCUUUGGGGUGUUCAGUACGAUCGUCAUGAGUGCCUGUCGGAUCUCAUUUGCCCUAGUUGCCUAGAGAUCUUGGAGGAUGCUUUUGAGCAGAGGAAGGGCAUGCAGGAGCGAGAACAGUCGCUUCAGGAGCAGUUGAAGGACCUCAUUAAGAAUGACGCUAAGUACCGGCCCGGCCUGAAUGGCAAUCCCGGGGAAUUUGUGCCCGAGGAUGGCUGCAUCAUAAUAGACGUUGACCCGGAAAAACUGGCGGAAUCCAGUGAGGAUGAAUUCGCACUCUGUUCAGAUGGAGAAUUCGAAGAUGACGAAGACGAGGAGGAUGAAGAGGACUAUGAUGAAGAGGAUGAAGAAGAUGGACAGAAUGGCGAAGAUGUAGAUAUGCCGUUGGGCAUGGAUGCCGCCCAGAUGGCGGCUCAAAAGUCCACCAAGAUCGAUGCAAACUCAUCAACGGCUAGGCCCAAACGAGCCUUCCUCUGCCAGUACUGCGAUCUCGGCUUCACCCUUCCGUCUGACUGCCAGGAGCACGAGCGGAAUGCCCACGACCCCAGUGCACCGUAUUGUUGCACCUACUGCAAUCUGAAAGUGGUUACGCGGCCUGCUUUGAUUUCACACAUUAAGACCCUGCACGAUCCGGAGCGUCCGUAUGUGUGUGCCCACUGUAGAAAGGGAUUUGUGCGCCGGUCUGAUCUGAAGAAACACACAAUUGUGCACACAGGCGUGAGACCCUACACCUGCAACGUGUGUUCCAAGAGCUUCUCGAGAAAUACGAAUCUGACCAAGCACAUGCGCAUCCACAGCGGCGUCAAGCCUUUUGUCUGCCAGCAGUGUCCACGAUCCUUCCAGACGGCUGUCGAAAUGAUGCGGCAUACGCGGUCUCAUGGCGAAGUGAAGGCUUUUCAGUGUGGACGAUGCCCCUACUCGUUCUCGCGAAAGGACAAGUUGCUAGCACACCAGCAGGUCCACACCAGACGGGACGUAGAGCAGCAGCAACAGCAGCAAAUGGGACUUCUUCCGCCAGUGGAGAGCGAUUCGGCGCUUCUACAGCAGCAGGCGUUCCAGGCAAAACAAAAGACUUCAGCACCAACGAAAACCUCGCGUAAUUACCGAUGCGAUGUCUGCGACCGCGGUUUCCAACGGGAGCGGGACCUGCAACGCCAUCGUGCUCUUCAUAUGGACUCGCUGUUUGCCUGCAAAAUCUGCAACCAGGGAUUCAAUCGUCGCGAGCAACUGCAGCGCCAUGAAGUGGAGGCCCAUGGCCCGAGCUAUACUUGCUCGAUUUGCUGCAUUAGCUUCCAUUAUCAAAUUGAGCUGGAGAAUCACCUUAAGGUCCAUCAGCUGCAACACAAGAUGGCCCAGCGUGCCCAGGAGGCUUCUAUUUUGCCCCACAGAAUGGCCGACCAGACACCCGCGGCCAUGACUGCUCCGGUCGUGCAAGAACCUCCGCCAAUGCGUCCCUCGGCUUCAGAACUCUCAUUCUACAGCAACAUGAUUCCCACCAUGAAUUUGGGCUUCUACAGCGAGACUCGUCCCGAGGAGUAAGAUUACAUACACUAAGGUUAGUAAGUAGGUUGAAAAGAUUAUAAGGUCAAGGCUGUUUUAGGUUCAGGUAAGAUAUCAUAGGCUCAGUAUCUUGAAGUGCACAGCCAAAUGGAUGCCAAAACGUAGCCUAGCAAUUUAUUCAUAAAUGGCCAAACUGUAAGGGUAACUGGAAAUUUACAUAUUUAAUUGAUUUAAUUUCACAAAUGUCUUUAAAUGGAUUGACUGAUUUUUGUAAAGAAAAAAUAUUAAAGUUAAAUUUUAAUACCUUUUAGUUGGCUAAAGAUAUUUUAUUAUAAUUUGUAAACGCUUCUGUAAAAUAAUACGCGGUUUCAAAUGUUCAAUAUGGAUGAACUUAUUAGUUUAAAGAAGAUAAAAAGCUUCGACAUACAAGAACGAUUUUAAUUUAAUUGAAAUACUUGUUUAAUUGUCCAGAUAUAUCUUAAUUUAUUAGUAACGGCAUUGUACAUUAUUAUGCGGAUUACAACAUUCAAUAUAAAACGAAUAAUUAUUCACAAGAGAAAAUAAAUUUUGGACAGAUGGUUUUUGUUUAAUA